AUGGCGAUUCUGAGUGUGAGGGCAGACUUCUGCCAGGCUCAGCACAGCAUUUUCGCUGACAAGUGAGCUUGGAGGUUCUAUGUGCCAUAAUUAACAUUGCCUUGAAGACUCCUGGACACCGAGACUGGCCUCAGAAAUAGUUGGCUUUUUUUUUUUUUAAUUGCAAGCAUAUUUCUUUUAAUGACUCCAGUAAAAUUAAGCAUCAAGUAAACAAGUGAAAAGUGACCUACACUUUUAACUUGUCUCACUAGUGCCUAAAUGUAGUAAAGGCUGCUUAAGUUUUGUAUGUAGUUGGAUUUUUUGGAGUCCGAAGGUAUCCAUCUGCAGAAAUUGAGGCCCAAAUUGAAUUUGGAUUCAAGUGGAUUCUAAAUACUUUGCUUAUCUUGAAGAGAGAAGCUUCAUAAGGAAUAAACAAGUUGAAUAGAGAAAACACUGAUUGAUAAUAGGCGUUUUAGUGGUCUUUUUAAUGUUUUCUGCUGUGAAACAUUUCAAGAUUUAUUGAUUUUUUUUUUUUUCACUUUCCCCA